AUGGACUACCUCCCAGCCCUACACUCCGCCGCCGCGGUUCUGGCCUCCACCUUCAAAUUCCUGGUCCGCCUAGUCUACCUUCUGACCAUCCCGCUGCACUACCCCGUCUACUACAUCUGGGCGCUGGUCUCGUUCCUGCUGUCGCCGGUCCGGGCCCUCUUCAAUGCCGUCUUAGGCUCGUUGGCGUUUGCUGUGAAUAUGGUUGCUAGGCUUAAGUACCUCUGCAUCUACCUCGCCUUCGCAGCAAUGAUAGGCAUCUGCGCCGGCUGCGCCCUACACCGGACCUCGAGCUUCAUCUACGUGCUUCUCGGCAUCGAUACCACCACCUCGCAGAAGAAACAGAAACGAAGACAACUGCAACAAGACACCUUAUCUCCCCAAGGCAGUCAAAGGCUCCUCCCUUCCUCAACAAACGACUACGACUAUGCAGAUGAGGAAGACCUGUACCUAGAGGAAGAUUACGAAGGAGAAGAAGAAGGCGAAGGCGAAGACUCAUUCAAGACCACCACCUACUCCGACGGCAGCAGCUCGGGCCGGCCCUCGCUGACGCUGACGAGCGCGAACCUGCGCCGCUUCAAGCAGACGCGGAGGGAUGUGGACUACCAUGCCAACGCCAGGAAGAAGCCGGCGGACGCGAACAAUGGCGACCUGUUCGAGAACCAGUGGAAGAUGCUGCGGUCCUCGGAGAAGCCUAGGAGGCGGCGACGGGGCCUGCUAUCGCAGACCAUCCACGAGGAGAGCAGCGAGAGUGAUUUCUCAUGA